GAAUGCAGUGGUUAUUUCCCCGCGAACAUGAAAGUGAUCAGCAGGCAGCAUGCUGAGGUCUGGGUGGAAGGGAACAAGAUCUACAUCCGUGAUGUCCAAAGCGCGAAUGGGACAUACAUCAACGGCUGCCGUCUCAGCCCGGAGAACAUAGAGUCUGCCCCGUUUGAGCUUAAAAGCCAUGACUUGUUGGACUUCGGUGUUGACAUUGUUGACGUGGACGGCGCGACAGUGCUCUACCGCAAGGUCGCAGCCCGCGUCGUCUGUGUUUUGUCAGAGCAAGAUCUCCAAGUCGCUUCUUUGGCUGAGGGCAUGCACUCUUCUCCGCAU